UGGCUUAAGCCCAACAGAUGACAAUGUGUAUAAAAAGAAGAAAAAGAAACAGAAACAGAAGAAAGAAAAGGGGGAGCAAUUUGAUCUGGUCCAAGAUCAAUCCGCAAAGGUGAAUUCAUUGCCAGCAGAAAGGAUGCAGGAGAUUCAAAAAGCCAUUGAGCUCUUCUCUGUAGGACAAGGGCCUGCCAAGACCAUGGAAGAAGCCACCAAACGCAGCUAUCAGUUCUGGGAUACACAGCCAGUGCCCAAGUUAGGUGAGGUAGUAAACAUUCAUGGACCUGUUGAACCAGACAAGGACAACAUCCGUCAGGAGCCCUAUACCUUGCCUCAGGGCUUUAUGUGGGAUGCCCUGGACUUGGGGGAUCGAGGUGUGCUGAAGGAACUGUAUACUCUCCUGAAUGAAAACUAUGUGGAAGACGAUGACAACAUGUUUAGGUUUGAUUAUUCCCCUGAAUUUCUCCUAUGGGCUUUGCAUCCUCCGGGCUGGCUUCCCCAAUGGCACUGUGGUGUCAGGGUCAUCUCAAGCAAGAGGUUGGUUGGCUUCAUUAGUGCUAUUCCAGCUGCUAUGCACAUAUAUGAAACGAAAAAGAAGAUAGUAGAAAUAAACUUCCUUUGUGUGCACAAGAAACUGCGUUCCAAGAGGGUGACACCUGUUCUGAUAUGGGAGAUCACCCGACGGGUCCACUUGGAAGGGAUUUUCCAGGCAGUAUACACAGCUGGUGUAGUUUUACCAAAGCCUGUUGGGACAUGCAGGUAUUGGCAUCGGUCACUGAAUCCACGCAAGCUGAUUGAAGUCAAAUUUUCCCACCUCAGUAGGAACAUGACUAUGCAACGCACCAUGAAGCUUUAUCGGCUUCCUGAGACUACUAAGACACCAGGGCUACGGCAAAUGGAGCACAAAGAUAUCCCUGCUGUGCACAAACGUCUGGCAGAAUAUUUGAAACAAUUCCAUUUGUCCCCUAUCAUGAAUCAGGAAGAAGUGGAGCAUUGGUUUUUGCCCCAGCUAAACAUCAUUGACACAUUUGUUGUUGAGAAUACUGAUGGGAAGGUGACAGAUUUCCUGAGUUUCUACACACUGCCCUCCACCAUUAUGAACCAUCCUACACAUAAGAGUUUGAAGGCAGCGUAUUCAUUCUACAAUGUCCACACCAAGACACCCCUUCAUGACCUCAUGAAUGAUGCCCUCAUACUGGCCAAAUUAAAGGGCUUUGAUGUUUUCAAUGCACUGGAUCUUAUGGAAAAUAAGACCUUCCUAGAGAUGCUGAAAUUUGGGAUUGGUGAUGGAAACUUGCAGUAUUACUUCUACAAUUGGAAAUGCCCCAGCAUGGGACCAGAAAAGGUUGGCUUGGUGUUGCAAUAG